AAGUGGCCUAAUAAUGUAAAUCGCGUCAGGUGCUUUAGAACUACACGGCAGAACAUACAACAGUAAGGUCCAAUCUUUGUAAAUUCAAAACUGUUGUGGCCCUGUGCUGACUGUCUGUAAUUUACGUGAAAAUAUAACCCACAAACACAGUAACCCGCGCAAUCUUAAGUAUUAUUUCUGUCUACCGUUACGAAAGCGUUGUUUUUAUGAGCACCGCGAUUUGUAGACGACCGUAUUAGUGAUAACGACGUUCUGUUUUAGCAUUUAAAUCCGCUGGACAGUGACUGAGAAAGAUGCCGAAGAAAGGCACGAAGCCCGUUUUUACAGCUCCACGAUGGGAAGAAGUUCAAGAUUUCUGCAACCCUGACAAACUGCUGUUGUGCCCCUAUGACCCACAUCAUCUGAUCCGGGCCUGUCGGUUCCCAUACCAUCUCAUCAAAUGCAGGAAGAAUCAUCCUGAAUUGGUUGGUGAAUUAUGGACAUGUCCAUUCAAUGCACGCCACUUGAUGAGAAAACAUGAGCUGUCCCAUCACAUCUCAACCUGUGUGGACCGAUGCUCUGUUAAUGACUCCUGCGUGGCCAGUGACAAGACUGAUAGCAAGUUUCAAAUCCCAGUGAGCACCUGGACUGCGCCUGUGUGUGAUGAAGACUGGGAUGAAGAGGUCGACAAGCAUGUAACAUCAGCGCCAUCUUUUAUCUGGGAUGUGUCCAAAUCACUUCCUCAGGACAGGGAAAACCCCAGCACUUCCAGCAAUGUGAUUGCUGGUCUCAGAGCACCACGAGUUCUUCCCUGGAUGAGCAGCUGUACUGAUUUUUGAGUUUUUUAAUGUGUCAACCAUGUCAAGAAUAUUCCUGUACAAAUGACAUUGAAUCCUGAUAGUGUCGGUUGCUUGUUCUGGCAUUUCUUGUAUAGGGUCACUAGUUCUUGCCGUGACAAAUUAGUUUUCUAAUCUUCAGUUUAGUUUCCCAAAGGUGGAGCAGUAAAGAUGGUUUAGGUUCUUAGCUGUGUUUACACCAAACAAAAGAAAAGCUUACGACCAGGAUAUACAGAAAACAAGACUUUAAUUGAUGUGUUUUGUGUUGUCAUAGUUGCUUUGUGCCUGUAAUUCUACCUCUGUGGUCUGUUAGGAACGCCUCUUUUUGGUGAAAAAAAAUAGUUAGUAGUUUUUUUCUUAGACAAAUGCUGUUCAUAGCACAGAUACCGUUGUAAAGGCAAAUAAAACUUAAUUUAUAAAUGCUAAAAUGUGAAUAUUCAAAUUCCUGUGAGCCUUACCAAGUUUGUAGUUUGUGCCAACAUCAGACUGGCAUAUUUUCUUCAAUAAAG